CCGUAUCUGGCAACACCGCCGGAGCGCAAAAGCGCCGACUGACAGCUGUUUGAACAGCUGAAGCAGCGCGCGAGCUGCGCUUUGUCGGGAGCGGACCGGAGUGGGGGUUGGGAGCCAGUUUGUCCAAAACCCCACCAAUAAAACCCAACAACCUUUCUCCCAGCGCCGUCUCAAGGCGACGUCCAGCUGCCGUGGGGAUAAUGUUAGGCACCCGGGAAGAGACAGAAUCGACUGUUACUCCCCAGGCGCCCAAAGAAAAUUCAGUCCGGAGCAGAAAGAGGAAGGCAGAUGUUGCUGUGGUUUUACAAGAUUUGGAUGAGGAGGUGGCGGAGAUGACAAAGAAGAAGCAGCGUGACUGUGAGCUGCACUGGAGUCCAGACGCCGACUACAAAUGUCCAGAGCGGUGGAACCCUACACCUGAUCAGGAAGAGGACCAACCGGUUACGCUGAUAAAUGCAGGCUUCCCACACUACAGCUUUAAGAACAUACUAGUCACGCCCGUGCACUACGCCCCACUCCCUGUGCUGUGUUGGGCAAGUAAAGAUGUAGUUUGGAGCAACAUGUUGGCGAAGGACAAGACAUACACCAGGGACAUCCACAUGAUGGACAAGCAUCCACACCUGCAGCCCAAGAUGAGAGCGGUACUUCUAGACUGGCUCAUGGAGGUAAGUGAGGUGUACAAGCUGCACAGGGAGACGUAUCACCUCGCCCAGGAUUACUUUGAUCGCUUCAUGGCCACACAGAGAAAUGUUUUCAAAUCAACGUUGCAGCUCAUCGGCAUCGCGUGUCUCUUCAUAGCAGCCAAAGUGGAGGAGAUGUAUCCUCCAAAGAUCUACCAGUUUGCAUACGUGACAGAUGAAGCCUGCACUGAAGAUGAGAUUCUGAGUAUGGAAAUCAUCAUCAUGAAGGAGUUGAAGUGGAGUCUGAGCCCUCAAACUCCGAUCUCCUGGCUGAAUGUUUACAUGCAGGUGGCCUACCUGAAAGAGACGGAGGAGCUGCUCAUCCCCGGAUACCCACAGGAGACCUUCAUCCAGAUCGCUGAGCUGUUGGACUUCUGUAUGCUGGACGUACGCUGCCUUGAGUUUUCCAACGGCGUCCUUGCUGCUUCAGCCCUGUUUCACUUUUCCUCUUUGGAAGUGGUGGAAAAUGUCUCAGCUCUGAAGAGGGUGGAGGUGGAGGAGUGUGUGCGGUGGAUGGUGCCGUUUGCCAUGACACUACGGGAAAUUGGUGGAACAUCGAUGAAAACCUUCUCAGGAAUCCCUGAUGAUGAUACGCACAACAUCCAGACUCAUGCCCCCUACCUGUCAUGGCUGGAUAAGGUCAACUCUUACCAGGAUGUGGACUUGGAGCAACAUGAAAACUGUGCUGUGCCUCCUGGCGUCCUAACCCCACCACUGAGUACUGAGAAAACGGAAGUGUCGGUCCGAACGGAUGCUGCUGUAACAAAAAUCAGACCCGGGAUAUGCAGCGCGUCCCGACAACACCAUCUGUGAAAGUAACGACUCAAACACUGCAAGAGAGACGCCAACAGCAGAUGUGUUGAAUUUCUACACACUUGCAUCGGCUGAAGGCCCGGAACUCUUCUGGACUCUGCAGUGGGUUUGACUUUCAACUCACUGUGUCGUCGGUGCAUUGAUCAGACUGGCUGAAUUGAGAAACAUUGACACAAAGGUUGAAAAUGGCUCAGACGCUCCAGUCUGUCCACAUACAAACUCUGCAGGUUGGACAGAUAAAAAGCUUAUGAAUUUUAUUUUUCCUCCUCUUUUGCACCCAAAUUUGUGCAUUGACUAAUUACAGGAAAAUGGGUGCUUUUUUUUAUUUUUUUUUAUUGAUUUAUGCAGAGACCAAACUGAAUGGACAUUUUAAGGACUAUUGAUGGUUGGUGUGUGUGAGGUUUUUAAUCUACCGGUGGCUUAAUUUGCCCCAUAAACUAUUCCCAGAGUCGUAUUUGGCUCGGUUGCUGCUAUGUGAGUGGGCUUUGCAUUAUGGCAGGGAAGCAGGUGUGUGUGUUUUUAUGGUCCUGUUUUUGCCAUUUUCUUGGACACAACAUUACCGUCUUCUCUUUCGGGAUCAGUAGCUUAGCUACCAAAAUGGACAAGAGAACCAUCCAGGCUUCAAAAGCUAAAGUGGUGAUUGUGUGUUUUUAUUUUAACUUUUUGCUUCCCCACCACCAAAAUGUAAGGCGUCCGGUUCACUUUUUAAUUUUUAUUAUUUUAAAUAAAUGCUGCUACAUAUUUUCAUGA